AUGACAUCAAUUCGGCAAUUUAAAUUAUUAGAUCUUUUACGAAUUAAUAAUGUAAAUUUAGAUAUUUUUACAGAAAAUUAUGGCCUUUCGUUUUAUUUACAUUAUUUAGCACGAUGGCCAGAAUGUUUUUUUGUAGCUGAAAACCCUACUCAAAGAUUAAUGGGAUAUAUUAUGGGAAAGAUUGAAGGCAAACAAGAAAAUUAUCAUGGUCAUGUAACAGCUUUAUCAAUAGCACCGGAAUUUCGUCGUAUAGGAAUAUCAUCACAAUUAAUGGUAUUAUUAGAAAAUGUUUCCGAACAGAAAAAAACAUAUUUUGUUGAUUUAUUUGUUCGUGUAUCAAAUAAACGAGCUGUUGAUAUGUAUCAUAAAUUAAAUUAUGUUGUCUAUAGGCGAAUUAUUGGAUAUUAUUCUGGUGAACGAGAUGAAGAUGCAUUUGAUAUGCGGAAAGCUUUAUCUCGAGAUGUUGAAAAAAAAUCAUUAAUACCAAUACCACAUCCCGUACGACCAGAAGAUUUAGUUGAUGAUUAA